AUGGGAGAUAGUCAAUACUCGUUUUCUCUUACAACUUUUAGUCCUUCUGGAAAGCUUGUUCAGAUUGAGCAUGCUUUGACCGCUGUUGGCUCUGGACAAACUUCUCUUGGAAUUAAAGCUGCAAAUGGAGUUGUCAUUGCAACAGAGAAGAAACUGCCGUCUAUUUUGGUCGAUGAAGCAUCAGUCCAGAAAAUUCAGUUAUUAACACCAAAUAUAGGUGUUGUAUACAGUGGCAUGGGUCCUGAUUUCCGAGUUUUGGUACGAAAAAGCAGGAAACAAGCUGAGCAGUAUCACCGAUUAUAUAAAGAACCAAUCCCUGUCACUCAACUAGUAAGGGAAGUUGCCGCGGUUAUGCAGGAAUUUACUCAGUCUGGUGGUGUUAGGCCUUUUGGAGUGUCCUUGCUAGUUGCUGGAUUUGAUGAUAAUGGACCACAACUAUAUCAGGUCGAUCCAUCUGGUUCAUAUUUUUCUUGGAAAGCUUCCGCUAUGGGGAAAAAUGUUUCUAAUGCUAAGACAUUUCUUGAAAAGAGGUACACUGAUGAUAUGGAACUCGAUGAUGCAGUCCACACAGCAAUAUUGACACUGAAGGAAGGGUUUGAGGGACAGAUCUCAGCAAAAAACAUUGAAAUUGGCAUAAUUGGCGCGGACAAAAAGUUCAGGGUAUUGACACCAGCUGAAAUUGAUGAUUAUCUGGGUGAAGUAGAAUGA